CGGCAGCUAGCAGCGACCCCUAGCUUCCCCCUCCAGCAUGGACGUUUUCAAAAUCGACCAAUCGCUAAGCGGAACGCUGGGCGGGGCGCCAUCUCCCGACAAAAUCAAUCCGGAAGUGACGUUUGAUACCGGGUCGGAGUUCAAUUUGUGUUUUUUCGAUACAGACGACAAUACUACACAGGGUGGUUUUAGCGAUCCAGGAUCUGUGGAGUCAGCCUCGGCUGGAGAAUCUCCCUCUCCUGUACCCCAACAGCAAUUGACUACAAUCCACUUGCAACAGUCGCCCUUACAAUCGGGUAGUACCGAUAUAGGGAGCAACGGGACGAUAUUGCUAUCGCCGCAGGGUGGUUCUCCUGGUACUUCGUCCGUGAAACAAGAACAAAGCAAUUAUGUAGCAGCAGACUCCAAUAGUUCCAAUACAACAAAAUCAUUUGUUCCUUGCAAGGUGUGCGGUGACAAAGCAUCGGGUUAUCAUUACGGAGUUACUUCUUGCGAAGGCUGUAAAGGAUUCUUCAGGCGCAGCAUCCAGAAACAGAUAGAGUAUAGGUGUCUCCGAGACGGCAAAUGCCUGGUUAUAAGACUGAAUAGGAAUCGCUGUCAGUAUUGUAGAUUCAAGAAAUGCCUAGCCGUCGGCAUGUCUAGAGAUUAUUGCAUCUUUCCAGCGGUGCGGUACGGCCGCGUGCCCAAGCGGUCGCGCGAGCGCAGCGUCGAGGACCAGCAGCCUGCGUCCAGGGUGGUGAGCACGACGACGGCGCCGGACGUGGUUGUUGCCGUGGUUAGCCCCUCGUCCAACACCGUCACCACCACGGAGGCCAUGUCGCCCUCUUCGGUGGUGACGGCGGCGACCAACACGGCGGUCACGCCUUCGGCGAACGCGUGCAGCGUCAUCGUGGACAACGACAGCAAGCAGGUGGCGCUCUAUGAUGUCAUUUUGGAAGUGUCUCAGGCUCACCAUGCAAAUUGCAAUUAUACCGACGAACGAACGAGAAGCUUACAGAAGCGACCUUUCUUGCCACCACCAAGGUACAAAACGGAAGACGACGACGAGGAUAGGGAUGAUGGAGAUAGCGACCAAGUGGCAUCGUCAACCGCGGAGUCUUUAGAGAACGACAAAUGUUGGCUUUGGCAACAGUUCGCUACGUGUAUGACCCCUUGUGUCCAAAGGGUGGUAGAAUUUGCCAAAAGAAUUCCAGGAUUUAGCGGUUUAGGCCAGGACGAUCAACUAAUCCUAAUCAAACUGGGGUUUUUCGAGGUGUGGUUGACGCACGUGGCUAAGUUGACGAACAAUCAGCAAUUGGUUUUCGAUGACGGCACGUUAGUCACCAAACAGCAGUUAGAGACUAUGUACGAUAGCGAAUUCACGACUUCGGUGAUCCAUUUCGCGAACAGCUUCAACGCCCUCGGCCUCAACGACACGGAGGUGGGGCUGUUCUCGGCGGCGGUACUCUUGACCGCCGACCGACCGGGCGUUACGGACGUCAAAACCAUCGAACAGCAUCAGGAUAAGCUGAUCGAAGCGUUGAAAGUACAGGUGAACCGAACUCACGCGACCGAACCGCAAGUGCUCUCGAAUCUGUUGCUAAAGCUGCCCGAACUUCGUAAUUUGGGAACGAAACACAACGCCCAUUUGGACUGGUUCAGGGCGAAUUGGCGGAAAUUGGCGUUGCCGCCACUUUUCGCAGAAAUAUUCGAUAUACCGAAAUCCGAAGACGAUCUACAGUGAGACAAAGAAAUGAAACGAUUUAUAAUUAUCUACAUUUAUACAGAGAUCUUCAGAUAAUUGGCAGAAAAAUGGAAGAAAAUGACGAAAAACCGUUUGCAUUUGCUCAAAAUACGCUUUAAAACGAUAAAAAUAAGAAGAAAAAUGAAACACUGGUCUGAUACGUGCCGGCAUGGACUAUUCUUUCAUAAAAAAACAUUGCGACGUAUAGUCUAGGAACAAUUUUCGAGAUUGACAGGGUCACAGAUGAUUUAAUUUUUAUGGAAUUUAGUCUUUAACUGUAACUUAUUGUAGCAUAAUAAUAUUAAUAAUGUUGUUAUACAUAUCAAUGUAAACUAACUAUAUCAAUCAGCUCUUUUCUUAGACGCGACUGUAUGUACAAGCGGUGAUUUCUAAUCUAAUUGCGAGUAGGUUUAGGAUUAAGACAUAUAGAGAGGCAUCAAUUUUAGGAGGCAUUUGACUUUGAAUUUCUAAAUACAUUAAAUAAGAAUAUAACAUGCUGUCUGACGAGGGAAUAUGCUCUCAGAUGCAAAAAAGUACAACUGAAUUUUUUUGUCAAAUUUAAAUUGUUAUCCUAUAAGUGUUAUACAUAUAUUUUUAUUUUUAGUCCUAUUUUCAUGAUUUUUUUAGCAAACUGUAUAUAAAU